AUGGAGGCGAAGCAGCUGAAGAGAGACGUCGAGGCUCUGAUCGGCGACUACAUCGGACAGAAGCUCAGAGAAAUCUCCUUCGACCCAAAGGGGAAGGGGACGUCUACGAUGCUGGACGACCUGGCUCACUAUGAUCUGGCCAUCAGCGUCGCUCUUUGGUGGUUGGACAAAGAAGAAGGACCCGAUGUUCUGGACAGAGACAUCAUCGGAGCCACGUGCAGCUCAGGAAGCAGCCAGUACCCGAACCGGUCCGAGCGGGAGGCCAUGAUCCUGUCGUCCUUCGCCGGGAUGAUCAUGGGCUCCAUCGUGGUUCCCUUCACGCUGUCCUACCAUCCCUUCGCCAUGCUGGGCUCCUACAAGGCCGUCCAUCACUGCAGGAAGCACAACCAGAAGCUGAAGCGUUGGCUGUCUGAGAGGUCGAAGGCGGCUGGACCAGCCGGCCGGGCCCCGUCCUCGUCCUCGUCCUCGUCCUCGUCCUCGUCCUCGUCCCGGUCCUUCCUCAGCGAGAGCAGCGACGCUCACAGAGCCGAACACUACGAAGGCUCCCAGGAGUCUCUGCAGGACUGA